CUAACUCUGCAGUCGCUAUUUAUUUUAUUGAUUCCUUAAAGCUGUGACAGAUAAGUUACUAAAUAAGCAUAAAGUCUUUGUAAGGCUAAAUAUUAGCCAUCAUUCCCUGCAAAAUGUCAGAAUUCGCAGAAAACAAAGGCCUCCAGGAAUCUCCUGAGUUUUCAUUAACUAAGGCAAUGGAGGAUGUCAGUCAGCAUAGCUACACCCAGACUGAGACCUUGAAAGAGAAACAGAGGACACUAAGAUCCUUGCAGGCCACUCUGGCAGAUGUUGAAAAAAAAGGUCAGCAUGCAGAGCAGGAGCUAAGGUCUAAACUGAGACAAAUCCAGCUACUGGAAGGUGAGAUGGAGCAUCUGGAAAGGGAAAGCAAGGUCCAGCAUGCUCGCUGUUCUUCCAUCAACAAGGAAAACAUAGAGCUGCAGAUGCUCAUACAAGAGGAGGAGGAGAACACCCGACUGGCACUGGAAAAAUACAGCGUGUACAGGAACAAGAUGAAAGGUCACAGAGAAGCCGUCUUGCACGCUGUGAGCCAGAUGGGGACCCAGAGAGAACUGGAGGAGAAAAGGAUGCUGGUCUGGAAGCUGAGGCAAGAGAAGGAACAGCUAAGGGAGGAUUUACAAAACCCAAAAGGGAAUACGCUGCAGAUGGCUAAGCAUGAAACUGAUGCCCUAAAGAGGGAGAUCUCUGAGAGAAAGACUGCCAUUGCUGAAAGGAGACAACAACUGAAGAAAGAGUUUGAGACUCAUGCUGAAUUAAAGAAAGACAUAGAGAUCCAGAACAGGCGUCAUGAAGCCAUCAUCAAGCGCCUCCACUGCCAACUCAGCAGAGCUCAGGCAGUCCACAGGCAAACAUUGGAUGAAAUUUUCCUUCUGCAGAGGCAGCUAGCUGAGCUCAAGGGGCCGCAGUAUUCAUCACAGGUUUGGGGAUAAUUAAAGGUUAACAUCAUGCUUGUCUAGUCUGGGGAAAUUGUUCUGUUGGAGAAUAGAUUUGGGCAUUUAAGCUACUUGUUACAACUGUUGUCUUAAGGGAAGGUUUGUUUUUGUUACUACUGUUGAACAGCUGGGGGGCAGCAACCUCCAGUAAAUACCUGGCUAUGCCUUUUUAUCUUUUUGACUGCCAUGUUCUAUGUUUAUGCAAGAUAUUAAUGACUUUCAUUAAAGUUCUGCUGAAUCCAAACUUAAAAUAAAUUUUUUUUUGUUAAAGACAAUGCUAUACCACUGAGAACUUAUUAAAUGAAGAGACUUUCA